AAAGCUUAGUUUAAUAAAUUAAACUAGAAUACUCAAAGCAACACUGACAUGACAUAUAUUUUGAACUAGCUGAGGGUGGUUUCAUAUUUUAAUAAUUUUAGCUUUAUGUAAGCCAUGAGCAGCGAAAGGGUUCAUUUCUAUAUAGCGUAACAGUGUAGGAGGAGCUAGACGCGUGCUGUGCACCGCUUCAGCAGCUGAUUCUCAAUGACAGAUCGCAGCUUCACCGCUGCUGACCGAAGACGAGUAUAACCAUGGACUCCGGUAUAAGCAACACUCCGGCGAACAUUGUGGAAUAUCAGAACGGUCACAAGGAUGUUGACACGAACAGUGUUGAAGACGAACCCCUUCUCAGAGAAAACCCAAAACGAUUUGUCAUUUUCCCUAUUCAGUAUCCUGACAUCUGGAAAAUGUACAAACAAGCUCAGGCUUCAUUCUGGACAGUUGAGGAGGUGGAUUUAUCCAAGGACUUGGUUCACUGGGACAGCCUGAAGUCUGAAGAGAAACACUUCAUAUCCCAUGUACUUGCUUUCUUUGCAGCAAGUGAUGGGAUCGUGAAUGAGAACCUGGUGCAGCGGUUCAGUCAAGAGGUGCAGAUCCCAGAAGCUCGCUCCUUCUACGGCUUUCAGAUCCUCAUAGAGAAUGUGCACUCCGAAAUGUACAGCAUGCUUAUCAACACCUACAUAAGGGAUCUAAAAGAGAGGGACUUUUUGUUUAAUGCAAUUCACACCAUGCCUUGUGUAAGGCGAAAAGCAGACUGGGCCUUACAGUGGAUCUCUGACACAAACUCAACUUUUGGAGAGCGAUUAGUAGCAUUUGCAGCAGUGGAAGGCAUCUUCUUCUCUGGAUCAUUUGCUGCCAUCUACUGGUUGAAGAAAAGAGGCCUGAUGCCCGGACUCACCUACUCCAAUGAACUCAUCAGCAGAGAUGAGGGUCUGCACUGUAAUUUCGCAUGUCUAGUGUACAGCUACUUGGUGAAGAAACCUUCUGCUGACAGAGUGAAAGACAUCAUCACAAAAGCUGUGAGCAUUGAACAGGAGUUUCUCACAGAAGCCUUACCUGUCAAUUUAAUCGGGAUGAACUGCUCUCUCAUGAAGCAAUACAUUGAGUUUGUGGCUGAUCGGCUGCUAACAGACGUAGGAUUGCCCAAAGUUUACAAGUCAGAAAACCCUUUCGACUUCAUGGAGUCAAUUUCAUUGGAGGGAAAAACGAAUUUCUUCGAGAAGCGAGUGGCUGAAUACCAGCGACUUGGAGUGAUGUCAAAUGUGAUGGACUGUGAAUUCACUCUUGAUGCAGAUUUCUAACGAUGAACUAGAAGAAAUAUUAUUUAUUUUUGGGACAGUUUCAUUAUGUUCUGCAGAACAAAAUAUAAGUCAGUUGACUUUUUUUCUUUUGCUUUUAAGUCCAAGAAGAAAGUAAACAAUAAACUGUAGACUUUUAAGGUUUUGUUUUAUUUUGGUUUCUUUUUUUCAUUCAACAGGUGUAAAACCUCUAGAAUUUUAAAGAUGUUUUAGAUAUUUUUACAUUUUACUUGAUUACUGUACCUAAGUAUUGUUUUGGGGGAUUUGUUCUUCACGCAAGUGCAAUUUAAACUGACUACUUGUACUUUUACUUGAUUACAUUUCAGAGGAAAAAACAGUACUAUAUACUCCUUAGAAUUUUAUUUCAACUUUAUUACAGAAGUACUCGUUACAUUUUUGCAUUUUAUUUUCUUUUACACAGUAAUCAGGUAAGUUUCAGCUUCACUUAUCAGAAUCAGAAUCAGAAUCAGAAUGA